AUGUCAACUCCAUCACCCGAAUCCAUCCAAUCCCUGUUCCUCCAGACACUUUCUGCCAAUGGUUCCAUCCCAGACUCGAGAGAACUGGUCGUCGAUGGGAGAGCGUUGAAUACGCCUGAAGAUCAAGGGGCUGUGAGAGGUGUGCUGGAUAGCCUGCAAAGUAAAGAGAUGAUAGAGUACAAACAAAUCACCACCACCUCAUUCACUCUGACGGAAGAAGGAAAGACGAUAAAUGAGAAUGGAUCUCACGAAAUCAGAGUAUGGAAGGUCUUGCCUGUGAAAGGUCAGGGCGAACCUGUGACUGUACAGGAAUUACAGAAACUUGUUGGUCCAGACGCCAAAGUAGGACAAUCGCGAGCAUUCAAGAACAAGUGGAUAGCGAAAGACGGAGCGGGUUUCGUAAGAGCUGUCGAAGCUCCAUCAGACGAAACUGCCGAUCAACUUCGUGAGAUCAAUGAGAAAGGUGAUCACGCUGGUGGAGAGAGUGUGACGAAAGAAUUGCAAAAGAGGAAAUUGAUUCAACCUAAAAAACACAUCCACUACUCCGUUACAAAGGGGUCAAACUUCUCCACAGAAGUGAAACAAUUAGAGACAGAUCUUACAGCUGAUAUGCUUCAAUCUGGUGCUUGGAAGGACUCCUCUUUCAAACAGUACAACUUCGCUGCUACUGGUCAACCUACCGAUGGAGGUGCUUUACAUCCGUUGUUGAAAGUCAGAGAGGAAUUCAGGAAUAUCUUUUUCGACAUGGGUUUCACUGAAAUGCCCACCAACCGGUUCGUGGAAUCUGCCUUCUGGAAUUUCGACGCUAUGUUUGUGCCCCAACAACAUCCUGCCAGAGAGAUGCAGGAUACCUUCUAUGUGAAAGACCCCGUUAAGGCCCUUCAACCAGAUCCAGAGUAUUACGAAAGGGUUCGAAAGAUCCACGAAGAAGGUGGAUAUGGAUCUAUAGGUUACAGAGCACCUUUCUCAAGGGAAGAAAGUGAAAAAUUAGUGUUGAGGACGCACACCACUGCCGUAUCGACUGCCAUGUUGUAUGAAUUGGCGAAUCAGAAAGGUGGUUUCAAACCUGCCAAGAUGUACAGUAUUGAUAGAGUAUUCAGAAACGAGACUGCCGAUGCUACCCAUUUGGCGGAGUUCCAUCAGGUUGAAGGUGUAGUGGCUGAUUAUAACAUCACGUUGGGUAAUUUGAUUGCUUUCAUGCAAGAAUUCUUUGCCAAGACUGGUAACCAUAAACUCCGAUUCAAACCUGCUUACAACCCUUACACCGAGCCAAGUAUGGAAGUUUUCUCAUGGCAUGAAGGUUUAGGAAAAUGGAUUGAAAUUGCUAAUUCUGGUAUUUUCCGACCCGAGAUGUUGGAACCCAUGGGUCUGCCCAAAGGAGUCAGAGUAUUGGGAUGGGGUAUGUCGUUAGAGAGACCAACGAUGAUCAAAUACAAGAUAUCCGAUAUAAGGACUUUGGUGGGACACAAGACUGAUUUGGAUCAAGUCAAGAAGAGACCGGCCGUAAGACUGGAGAAAGGUGAUGAUUAG